UUUUCAAAAAUCAACUAAUGUCAUAUCCGAUCAUAUCAAUAUUGGAGAUCCGAGAGUAGAAGUGGUAUGUCACUUGUGAAGAUUGAUGAUGGCAAACAAUUUUUAGAGUAUCGUUUUGUACAAUGUUUGGAGAAAGUGACGGUUUUAGGCUCGCUGGUGGCUUCUUCUCCAAUGGGCAAAAUAAAUUUUUUUUGAAAGCAGUUGAGCUACAAACAAUGGCUUCUCUAGCUUCUUCACAUAUUUACCUUCACAUUCCCAACUAACUAUAACCUAACUCUUCCAUCAAUUUUCUCUCUCUCACGCUCAUAUAUUCAUAAUCCGCCGUCUUCUUCAACCAACCCUUUUCGUCAUUCUCGAAGUUUUUUCUUCAUCGCUUUUAUCGACAAUCUUUCACCCAUUUGCUUCCCUUCAUCACUCUUCAAAACCCCAAUCAAUCUCUUCGCGUUUCGUAAAAGGGGAAAUUGAUCUUGCUGCAAUCUCCAUUGCCACUCUCUCGUGAUCGCGAAGAAAUAGAAUUGCUUUUUCAAAGAUGUCGACAACAACAGCCCCUAAUCUUCAGAUGGCCACACUGGGAAGUUACAAACUCUCUUCUCCAAGAGGUUUCAAGGGCAUUGUUACACCAUCUCUUGGUGGACAUUUGAAGGCAAUGCCAUGGGCUAAACUUUGGAGUGUCUACAAUGUAUCCUCUCUGAAAUACUUUCACCUGAAUUCCAACACUUCAUCUUCUACAAGAUUUGGUAAGAUCGCAAUCAAAGCGAGGUCUGGAUCUAGUGAAAACGGGCCAAUCGCUGGGUUGCCAGUUGAUUUAAAAGGUAAGCGGGCAUUUAUUGCUGGUGUAGCUGAUGAUAAUGGUUAUGGUUGGGCAAUAGCAAAAUCUCUUGCUGCUGCUGGGGCUGAAAUUAUUGUUGGUACAUGGGUGCCUGCUUUGAACAUCUUUGAAUCCAGCUUGCGGCGUGGAAAGUUUGACGAAUCUCGAGUGUUGCCAGAUGGAUCUUUAAUGGAGAUUUCCAAAAUAUAUCCCUUGGAUGCAGUUUUUGACAAUCCUGGGGAUGUUCCUGAAGAUAUAAAAACAAAUAAGCGGUAUGCAGGUUCAUCUAAUUGGACAGUUCAGGAAGUAGCAGAAUCAGUAAAGAAGGAUUUUGGAACCAUCGACAUCCUUGUGCAUUCACUUGCAAAUGGGCCAGAGGUAAGUAAACCUCUCUUAGAGACAUCAAGGAAAGGCUAUCUAGCAGCUUUAUCUGCAUCAAGUUACUCCUACAUUUCUCUUCUUAAGCAUUUCGUUCCAAUAAUGAAUCCAGGCGGGUCGUCAAUCUCUCUUACAUACAUUGCUUCUGAAAGGAUCAUUCCUGGAUAUGGAGGAGGUAUGAGUUCAGCAAAAGCUGCACUGGAGAGUGACACACGAGUGCUUGCAUUCGAGGCGGGUAGGAAAAAUAAGAUCCGAGUGAACACCAUAUCUGCUGGUCCACUUGGGAGUCGUGCAGCAAAAGCAAUCGGAUUCAUUGAUAAGAUGAUAAACUACUCUCUAGCAAAUGCACCUCUACAAAAAGAAUUAUCUGCAGUUGCUCCUGAUUGAGAGCCAUUGUCAGGAGAAUCUUCAACAACAGAUUGCAUAACCAAACCUCGAUUUCUCGACAGCUUUCGGAUUGGUGUGGUAGGUAAGCCUGCAGAUUCAGAAUUGUCCGCCGCCACUUCUUCUUGGGACACCUGCACUGAGUUCAGAAAGGUCCUGUGGGGCAUCAGCUCCUCUCCAACUGGUACCAUAUCCACCAUUGGCUGCAAAUAAAGCAUUACAAGUAUGUGUUCCUCAAUUGGAUCCAAGGAUCUAAAUAGCACACAGCAUUUUGCAUAUAUCAUGAAACACUAUCCAAUAUUGUAUACACUCUAAUCAAGGGAGCAGAAUGAUUUUCUUGAUAUUUGAUGUAUGUUAGAUGACACCGCAAUAUGUGAAGUUAUUAUCAUAAACAUGAAUGCUAAGUUCGUACCUUCCAA